AUGGUGUAUAGAAUUAUACUCGCCGUCAUCUUAAUGGUGUUACAAGUUCAUGGCACCAUGGGAGGCAUAGCAUACGAUCUGGGACUUAGCAGGAAGUUCCCAUUUAUUGGUCCAGUGAAACCACCGAACAUUGUGUUUCUCUUGGCAGACGACUUGGGCUGGAACGACAUCGGUUACCAUAACGACCAGGUGAAGACGCCGACUCUCGAUCGUCUGGCGGCGGAGGGGGUGAAGCUGGAGAAUUACUACGUCCAGAGUUUGUGUUCUCCAAGUAGAGGCCAGUUACUGACCGGGAGAUAUGCGGCAACCACUGGAUUAUCAAAUGUCGUCGUUGGUGGUAUACCGGUGGCGCUGCCACUAAGUGAGACUCUGAUAUCACAGAAACUGAAGGAGAGGGGCUACAGAAGUCAUAUUGUGGGGAAAUGGCACGUGGGCUGUUACGAGAGGGCUUAUCUGCCAACAAACAGAGGCUUUGAUUCAUUUUACGGGAUCCAGCAUGGCAGAUGCGAUUACUACACGCACCAGCGCUGUGAUGUCGUAUUUGGAGUAUGCGGCCUUGACUUUUGGAACAACACCCGUCCUGAUUCCACGAAGAGUGACACCUAUGCUACCGACAUCUAUGUGGAGCAAGCCAUUGAUAUCAUCAACAAACACAACCCCUCCAAUCCAUUGUUUCUUUACAUGGCCUUCCAACUUCCACAUGAGCCACUGCAGGUGCCCGCUGAAUUUGAGGGUCUUUAUGAUAACAUGCCAAAUGGCAAGAGGAAAACGUAUCUAGCAAUGGUGUCUGCUUUGGAUGCAGCAGUUGCAAAUAUCCACCAGGCACUAGAAGACAAUGACAUGUUGGACAACACAGUGAUCGUUUUCUCUUCUGGUAUGUACGCAUAG